CCUGUGCUGUUGUGUGUGUGUGAAACCAAACAUUGAGAGACUGAGCCGCCUCGGUAACUCAUCAUAACUCAUCAUAACUCAUCAUAACUCAUCAUAACUCAUCAUAACUCAUCAUAACUCAUCAUAACUUCAUCAACAACGGAGAAAAGUCGACGUUAAGUUUGACAUCUUGAUGUUUUUAAAAUGCUGCUGAGUCAAAGAAGAACAAAAUGUCGGGAGUUCACGGGACCGACGCCUCAUUCAGUCGCUUUGAGAGCCAAGUUCCCGUCCAGGAGGCCUGUGGACCAUCUGAUCCUGGACAGACAGAAGCAGGAUGCUGCCAGAGAAGAGAUCCAGGACUUCACCAAGAACCAGCAGAGCUUCAACAUGAAGACUUGGUGGCUGCAGACUUCAGACCGACGCUUCCUCCAAGGAUCCGUCCAGAGACAAGUCGGAGCUGCUCUGACCCAGCAGGAGGUCCACGUGGACCAGAGGAGGGACAGAGAAAUGAUUCAGAGGACUGAAAGAAAAGAGACAGACUGAGCGCGCUCAGUUGCUGCUUCACCUGCAUCGCCUCACACAGCUG